CAAUAGUAAUGGAAUAUCGAAAAAUAUAUUCCAGUAUAAUAUCUAUUGUUUUGUCUAACCUAACCUAUUAUUAAGUAUUGUGUUUACGAAUUUAUUUUGUAAAUUUUUCAUAUUUUUAUGAUUAUGUCUCUCCGUGACAUCAAUGUGUCGCCAACUUCUUCGUUUUCCUUGGAUGACGACGAAAUAAGCAACAAAAUUGGAAAUAAGGAUAUCUCAGAUUCCGACGACGAAGGCAAAGAAAACCGCGAGAAACAUACUGAAAUACAAGAACAAGUUUAUCAAGACAAGCUAGCUGGAAUUCAAAAACAACUACAACAACUGAAAGAGGGCACUCAUGUAGAAUAUGUAAAGCAGUUGAAAAAAUUAGAGGCCCAACAAAAAAACCUUUUAUUGAUGAACAAUAUAUGGCGAGAUUGUUUGCUUGAAUCAAUUGAAAGAGAAUAUGUAAAAGAACGUCGACUUGCACACAAAGAGUUUGAAGACCGCAACAAUGAUUUGACAGAGACUCUGGUUACUGAAUUAAAUGAAAGGAAAAAAGCAAUUGAACAUGAUAAUAUGACUAUGGAACUUACAUCUGACUCGACGGACCAAAAACCAGCCAUGACAAGAAAACUCCGUAGAAGGCCUAAUGACCCUGUAGUACCAGCUCCUCAAGAAAAACGUCGAAAACCGCCUCCUGUAUCAAGUAUUGAUUAUAUGCUCGACGAAAAUGAAAUUGAUCACGAUGUAAAAGCAAUACAAGAAGCACUAGCAUCAAUAUCUUCGGCUUCUACCACUACCACUACAGUUAAGCCACGUGACACAGUAAAUUCUUCAUCUGUUAGGAAACCAGGUUUCUUGCCGAGUUCGGGUUCCUCUACUGGAAAUAUGAGUCCAAAAAAAAGCCAAACUUCUGAUACUGAAGGGUCGUCGGCCAUCCCAGAUACAAGGAUUGAAGAUGGAAAAUUGUUGUUUGAAAAAAGAUGGUAUCAUCGAGGUCAACCUGUGUUUGUUGAAGGAAGACAAAUUUCAAAAUUUGCAGCCGUCAUAUCCGCAAUAGGAAAUGAAACUAUUUGGGUAAAGAAAACCGCAGACAAUAGCAAAUUUCGUAUUAACCUGUCUUAUCUUUCAAAAGGCAAAAUGUCAAUUAAACGUAGAGCUGCUGUUUGACUUUAGCAACUUUACUAAUGUAAAAUUUGAAGUAGUACAUUUUUUUGUUUUGGCUUUUUGAAAAUGUCUACUAUGUAAUAUUAUGUAUACUAUGUAAUAUUUGCCAAUAUAUUUUAUAACCAUAACUUGUAUAAUAGUAUUGUAAAGUAGGAUUUAGUACUCAAAUAUAAGAUAUAAUGACCUGUGAAUCGAAAAUGUAAAUUUGUUUUCUAAAAUUAUCAGUACUAUUAAGUUUUUAUAAAUACAUAUAUAUUAAAUU